CAUUAGGAUAAGAGAAGGAACUGCUCAUUGGGUCCUAACGGAGUCCCAGCCGGGAAGAGAGGAAAACGCCCAGGAGUCCCCAUUGGCUCCUCCUCUGGCCCAGGCAGGAUUUAAACCCAGGGAAGGAAGCCAAGAGAGAAAGCAGUGGGACAGACCAGCGCCGAGGUCUGCAGUGAGAGGGGCCCGGCUCACAGCGGGCGCAAGCGUCGGAAGUGGUGCCCAGCAGUCUCCCAGGCCUCCUGGAGGGUCUGCUCCCUGUCUCCCCAACGAUGCGUCCCCAGGGGCUGUGCAGCCUCCACUUGGGGCUCCUGCUGGGCUCUGCGCUGCUGGUGGCCUCAGCCCCCGCCACCCCGGAGCCCCACAGUUGCAGCAACCAGGACCAGCAGGUGACCCUCAGCCACACCUACAAGAUCGACGUGCCCAAGUCCGCCCUGGUCCAGGUGGAGGCUGACCCUCAGCCCCUCGGCGACACAGGGACUUCCCUCUUGGCCCCGGGAGAGGCCGGGGAGGAGCAGAACAUCGUCUUCAGGCAUAACAUCCGCCUUCAGACGCCGCAGAAGGGCUGCGAGCUGGCAGACAGUGUCCGGGACCUCCUGGCCCGGGUGAAGAGGCUGGAGGAGGAGAUGGCGGAGUUGAAAGAGCAGUGCAGUGCCCAGCGCUGCUGCCCAGGAGCUGCCGACCUGAACCACCACUGCAGCGCCCACGGCACCUUCUCCCCGGAGACCUGCAGCUGCCGCUGCCAGCCGGGCUGGGAGGGCGCGGCCUGCGAGCGCCCCGCCUGCCCCGGCGCGUGCAGCGGCCACGGGCGCUGCGAGGACGGCCGCUGCCUGUGCGACGCGCCCUACGUGGGCGCCGACUGCGCCUCGCCGGCCUGCCCCGAGAACUGCAGCGACCACGGCGUGUGCGUGCGCGGCGUCUGCCAGUGCCACGAGGACUUCACGUCGGAGGACUGCAGCGAGCGGCGCUGCCCCGGCGACUGCAGCGGCCACGGCUUCUGCGACACGGGCGAGUGCUACUGCGAGGAGGGCUUCCUCGGGCCGGACUGCGCGCAGGUGGUCGUCCCCCAGGGCCUGCAGCUGGUCAGGAGCACAGAGAACUCCCUGCUGGUGAGCUGGGAGCCCAGCAGUGAAGUGGACCACUACCUCCUCAGCUACUACCCGCUGGGGAAGGAGCUCUCUGCGAAGCAGAUCCGGGUGCCCAAGGAGCAGCACACCUAUGAGAUUCCCGGGCUGCAGCCUGGAACCAAGUACAUCGUCACCCUGCGCAACGUCAAGAAAGACGUGUCGAGUAGCCCCCAGCAUCUGCUCGCCACCACAGAUCUGGCUGUGCUUGGCACUGCUUGGGUGACCGAAGAGACGGAGACCUCCCUGGACGUGGAGUGGGAGAACCCCUCGACGGACGUGGACUACUACAAGCUGCGGUACAGCCCCUUGACGGGGCACGAGGUGGCUGAGGUCACGGUGCCCAGAAGCAGGGAGCCCAAGAGCCGCUAUGACAUCACCGGUCUGCUGCCUGGGACGGAGUACAAGAUCACGGUCAUCCCCAUGAGAGGAGAGCUGGAGGGCAAGCCGAUUCUGCUGAGCGGCAGGACAGAAAUUGAUGGUCCGACCAACGUGGUGACUGAUCGCGUGACGGAAGACACGGCUGCCGUCUCCUGGGACCCCGUGAAGGCUGACAUAGACAAGUAUGUGGUGCGCUACAUCUCCCCUGAUGGGGAGACCAGGGAGACGGCAGUCCCCAAGGACCAGAGCAGCACCAUCCUGAGGAGCCUGAAGCCGGGAGAGGCCUACAAAGUCUACGUGUGGGCUGAGAGGGGCAGCCAGGGCAGCAAGAAGGCCGACACCCAGGCCCUCACAGAAAUCGACAGCCCAGCAAACCUGGUGACUGACCGGGUGACGGAGAACACAGCCGCCGUCUCCUGGGACCCGGUGCAGGCUGACAUCGACAGGUACAUGGUGCGCUACACCUCUGCCGACGACCAAGAGACCAGGGAGGUGCCGGUGGACAAGGAGCGGAGCAGCACCGUGCUCACGGGCCUGAGGCCCGGCGUGGAGUACACGGUCCACGUGUGGGCUGAGAAGGGGGCCCGAGAGAGCAAGAAGGCCGACACCAAGGCCCCGACAGACAUCGACAGCCCCAAAAACCUGGUGACUGACCAGGUGACGGAGAACACGGCCACCGUCUCCUGGGACCCGGUGCAGGCCGACAUCGACAGGUACGUGGUGCGCUACACCUCUGCCGACGGAGAGACUAGGGAGAUGACGGUGGACAAGGAGAAGACCAGCGCCAUCCUGACAGGCCUGAGGCCGGGCGUGGAGUACACGGUGGACGUGUGGGCCCAGAAGGGGGCCCGGGACAGCAGGAAGGCCAACACCCAGGCCCCGACAGACAUCGACAGCCCCAAAAACCUGGUGACUGACCAGGUGACGGAGAACACGGCCACCGUCUCCUGGGACCCGGUGCAGGCUGACAUCGAUAGGUACGUGGUGCGCUACACCUCUGCCGACGGAGAGACUAGGGAGGUGCCGGUGGACAAGGACAAGACCAGCACUGUCCUGACGGGCCUGAGGCCGGGCAUGGAGUACACGGUGGAUGUGUGGGCCCAGAAGGGGGCCCGGGACAGCAGGAAGGCCAACACCCAGGCUCCCACAGACAUCGACAGCCCCAAAAACCUGGUGACUGACCAGGUGACGGAGAACACGGCCACCGUCUCCUGGGACCCGGUGCAGGCCGACAUCGACAGGUACAUGGUGCGCUACACCUCUGCCGACGGAGAGACCAGGGAGUUUCUGGUGGGGAAGGACAAGACCAGCACUGUCCUGACGGGCCUGAGGCCGGGUGUGGAGUACACGGUGGACGUGUGGGCCCAGAAGGGGGCCCGGGAGAGCAAGAAGGCCAACACCCAGGCCCCGACAGACAUCGACAGCCCCAAAAACCUGGUGACUGACCAGGUGACGGAGAACACGGCCACCGUCUCCUGGGACCCGGUGCAGGCCGACAUCGAUAGGUACAUGGUGCGCUACACCUCUGCCGACGGCGAGACCAGGGAGUUUCCGGUGGGGAAGGACAAGACCAGCACUGUCCUGACGGGCCUGAGGCCGGGCGUGGAGUACACGGUGGACGUGUGGGCCCAGAAGGGGGCCCGGGGGAGCAAGAAGGCCAACACCAAGGCUCCCACAGAAAUCGACAGCCCCAAAAACCUGGUGACCAACUGGGUGACGGAGAACACGGCCACCGUGUCCUGGGACCCGGUGCGGGCCAACAUCGACAGGUACGUGGUGCGCUACACCUCUGCCGACGGCGAGAGCAAGGAGGUGCCAGUGGGCAAGGAGCGGAGCAGCACCGUGCUCACGGGCCUGAGGCCGGGCGUGGAGUACACGGUCCACGUGUGGGCUAAGAAGGGGAGCCGGGACAGCAAGAAGGCCAACACCAAGGCCCUGACAGAAAUUGACCCUCCGAAAAACUUCCGUCCGUUUGCUGUAACCCAGUCUGGCGGGGUCCUGACCUGGACGCCUCCCUUGGCUCAGAUCGAUGGCUACAUACUCACCUACCAGCUCCCUAACGGCACGGUGAAGGAGGUGCAGUUGCGAAGAGGCGAGCAGAGGUUUGAGCUGCAAGACCUUGAGCAUGGCGUCACCUACCCCGUCUCCUUGGUCGCCUUCAAGGGGGAUCGCCGGAGCAAGACUGUCUCCGCCACCCUCUCCACAGUUGACGCCAGGUUUCCACACCCUUCGGACUGCACUCAGGUUCAGCAGAACAGCAAUGCCGCCAGUGGCCUCUACACCAUCUACCUGAACGGCGACCCCAGCCGGCCCCUGCAGGUGUACUGUGACAUGGACACGGAUGGCGGCGGCUGGAUAGUCUUCCAGAGGCGGAACACGGGGCAGCUAGAUUUCUUCAAGCGUUGGCGGAGCUACGUGGAAGGCUUUGGGGACCCCAUGCAGGAGUUUUGGAUUGGUCUGGACAAGCUGCACAAUCUCACCACUGGCACUCCGACCCGCUACGAGGUGAGAGUGGACCUGCAGACGCUCAAUGAGUCUGCCUAUGCCGUGUACGACUUCUUCCAAGUGGCCUCCAGCAAGGAGCGCUACAAGCUGACCGUCGGGAAAUACAGAGGCACAGCAGGGGACGCUCUUACUUACCACAACGGGUGGAAGUUUACAACCUUCGACAGAGAUAAUGACAUCGCCCUCAGCAACUGUGCCCUGACACAUCAUGGCGGCUGGUGGUACAAGAACUGCCACUUGGCCAACCCCAACGGCAAAUACGGGGAGACCAAGCACAGUGAGGGGGUGAACUGGGAGCCGUGGAAAGGACAUGAGUUCUCCAUUCCUUACGUGGAGCUGAAAAUCCGCCCUCAAGGCUACAGCAAGGAGCGCGUGGUCGGCAGGAAGAAGCGGACGCUAGGAGGCAAGACGAGAAUGUUGUGAUGGCCCGUCUGAGCGGCCGUCGCAGGAGACUGGCAGGGCUGGGGCUUUGGAAGCUGGGGGCGGGUGGGCAGCAGGGAAGGGGGAAUGGGGGCUUGAGGGUCGCUCCGUCGUCCCUCGGCUCUGGGAUCCCUGGUAACCCGCAGAAGAGGUCACGUCUCCAAGCUUCAGAUCACGCAGUGUCUUGGCCCGUCUAUACUAGGGAGCAGACAACACAGUAGCGGUUGCACAGUGUCUAUGGGAAAGACAGCAUUGGAGCCGCGCGGCUCGCUAGGGACAGCUUGCUGGAGCCGCGGGUCAUCCAGUGCCUCCGCCGUGGGCAGCUGUAGAACCGGGCUGCCUCCCUCCCUCUCUCCCUGCCUCGCUCGCUUGCUCUCGCACAAACCUCUCUGGAAAGCAGCACCAGAGAGUCGGUGUGACUCCCGGGAGCCAGGGCUGCCGCAGCCUGACGCAAGUGGAACCCCUGCCCCGCUGUUGUAAUUGCUGAUCGACAAGAAUGAAUGGGGGCACCAGGAGGGGCCAAGGCGUGCUCCUCUGGCCACAUUGCAGGAUCCGGCAGGCUGGACACCAGAGCUCCCAUGUCGCUGCCCCCUUUCCAGCCCCUGGUGUAAUCGCGCUCACAGAUCUGCACAGCUUGUGAAUAACUUCUCGCUGGGUUCCGCUCUCUUGAUGACUGGGCCCUCUGCAGACUCUUGCAGACUCUUGGCUUCCUUGCCAUUCACUCCCAUCAGCCCCCAGCCUCCGUCCUUCCCGGGACGGCUCCCAGCCCUGGGCGCCCCGACCUGGGCCACUCAGCAUCGUGAGGUUCGCCCCUGGGGUCGCCGGAGCUGCCCAGCCAGCCCCAGGAGGCUUUCCUGUUUGAAGGCCCCCAGGCAAGAUCAGCUCCUUUUUUCUGCUUAUUUCCUAUCAUUGUGGAAGGUUUCUGUAGCUGAGUCAGUGACCAGUGAAGUCACUCAAACUGCUACUCAAGAACAAAAAUAAUAAACCACUUAAACAAA